UUGAAACACUAGAUAGCUUGGUUUAAAGUUGUCAAUUGUCCACCCAAUAUCUACAGCAUAAGUCAUCUCAUAAAUCAGUAAGAGAUGACUUAAAUGUGAAGAAGAUAUAAUCCUACUUGCGUGCAUGCUUGCAUACAUAUUUAAAGCAGGGUUAAUGUGAAGGAAAACUGAAGAAACUUGAUUAAGUAUCCAUCCUUGUGCCCUCAGCUCAGAUAUCUACAUGUUAUAGUACCAACGGUGCUGCAGUAACCAUGGAGACAAGUAUUCAUAAACUGCUAACACUGGGAUUCUUCCCUCAGUCAACACCCUUCAAAUUGGCCCCCUGAUAAAAAUAGAAAUAAUAUUUGGAGAAGGAUAGGUUUUUGUUUUUAUAUAUUUACCUAUGUGACAAAAUGAUUGUUGUCAGCAUAGUUAUCAGCCGAUAGUUUAUCACAAAAUCACUGGUUGCCAGCUCAGUCAAACACAAAUUGAUGGUCUGUUGCACUGGGUGGACGGUUAUUCAUUCUCCUGAUAGCAACUGCUGAGUUGUAGCAAUCCAACAGCAAAACACCUUUAAGUGUCUCAUUUCUGAAAGUGCUGAAUCUUAACAUGCGAUAAGUACAGGGCACAAGUGAAGGUCAGCGUCGGGACCACCUGUUACGGAUCAGCAGUGGACUUGAGUUAAUUACAUACACUGGAUGAUGAGGGGUCUUAAUCAUGCUUCAUCACAGAAUAUGUGCCCAAUCAGUACAGAGCACAGGAGGAGAAGUGGGUAUAUAGAUUCGUUGGAGGUGAGGAGUUCAUUGAGCUCUUGUGUUGGAAGACUGCGGGCUGAACCUCAGUCUGAACCACAACAAUGCAUUCUACCGUGAUGCUUCUGUGUGUUUUGUUUGGCUUGCUGACCCAGGCGUACGCUCUACCUGUUAAGAAUUCAACUGGAGUACAUGAGGGGAAAGUGAGGUUGAGAAGGAAAUACUCAGAUGAAAUUACAGAUCAUGAUGAAAUGAAUGCAAUGGACCAAAUCCUGGAAGUCAAUAGCAGACUGCGAGCCCCCCGAGGACUGUCAUUCAGAGAUGGCGAUAUUGCCAGCUCGUAUGUACGGAGUGCUAUAUCCUGCCCUGGCAGUGCCUGUCUGUGGCCUAAAUCAGUUGACGGAUUUGUUUAUGUUCCCUACAUCGUCUCUCCACUAUAUGACGACAUGGACAGAAUCACCAUAGAAACUGGGAUGCAAGACAUUUCCUCGGGAACAUGCAUUAAAUUUGUUCCACGCACCCAUGAGACCAGCUUCCUCGAUAUUCAGCCUAGAUAUGGCUGCUGGUCAUUCCUUGGGCAGACUGGAGGAAGCCAGACCCUGUCACUGCAGACUCCUGGGUGCAUGUGGUCAGGAGUGGCUUCCCAUGAGUUCAUGCACGCUCUCGGCUUCGUACAUGAACAGUCCCGCUCAGAUCGAGACCACUACGUCACAAUUGUAUGGAAAAACAUCAUGCCAGACUAUAUAAGUAACUUCAGAAAACAGGUGACAAACAAUCUCAACAGCCCAUAUGACUACAGCUCUGUCAUGCAUUAUGGAAGGUAUGCCUUCUCUGAAGACGGUGGACCAACAAUAAUCCCCAAACCAGAUCCCUACAUUCCCAUUGGCCAACGAGAUGGACCCAGCGCUCUAGAUCUUCAUAAAAUAAAUGUCCUAUAUAACUGCGGUGCCAACGAGUAAUUAGAUCCAGAUGUACCUUCUCCUCUUCUGUCAUUUUCUCUUCUGCCAAGCAAUAGUUUAAAGCAGCACUUCUGUAAUGUAACUAAAAUUAGCACUGUGAUGAAGCCACUGACUAGUUUUACAUGCCUGCAGCUGACAAUUAAAUCCCUGCCUCCAAUCUCAGAAUUUUUUUUUUCUAUUUUCUACUUCUCAGCUUCUGCCCACUUUAAAUAAAGAAAAUUAAAGAGUCUGUUUUAACACAUCUUUAAUGUGAUAGAUUAAACUGUGUCUUACAGAGAUGGGCUACAAAUCAGCUAUUAUAUGGAUUUUAUGAUGUUACUUUCAGCUGGAAUACACAGUAUUACUGAAUGAAUAUUGAUUAGAACUGGGGGUUAAUUAAAAAAAUGUAAUUUAUUCUUGACCUUUCCCACUGGACUCCCCCUUUUUCAUGAAAUACACUCCACUGCCAUGAAACCCUGUGUCAGCAGCUUCUAAAGAGACAAGUCAAAUAAAACAGAGUUUUUGCACCACUGGCCUCUGAGGUUCUUCAUUUUCUCCUUCCACUUGAAUGAGAGGGCUGCUUUUUUCAUGUAGGGUGAAAAAAAAAGUGAUC